GGAAAGGUGGAAGAAAUGGAGAAAGAUUCAAGUAUUCGAAGCAAUAACACGGUGUCUGGUGGUAGAGAUAAAAGCGGAGGGGAAGGGUCGUUGCUGUUGAGGGCGAGUUCCGAUGGCGCUAGACAGGGAACGACGUCGGAUUUGGUGUUGCAGUGGGGGAAUCGGAAGCGGUUAAGGUGCAUGAAGGUGCAGGUUAAGGACGAUUCUUCAGGCCCGGUUCAGAGGACAACGGUACGGGUGGAUCGCCGGGUCGUUGGAACCGAUAAGGAUUCUUUAAAUAAGCCCACCUUCGGUGUCAAUAAUAACACCCUUGGAGUUGGACACACUCAUAAUAAUAACAACAAUCAUCAUCAUAAUCAGAGUAAAGGGUAUCCAAAUCUCCGUCAACGUCCUUCUUCUCCGCAGCAACGAAUUCUCAGGUAACACAAUUUGUCAUUCACUUUGUUACUUUAUCUUUCCCCAUAAAUAUGAUUUAAUCUUUAUUUUUAAAAAAAAAAUAUGAUUGAGCGAGACUGAAAUAAGAUCUGAGAAUAGGUCAAUUUGACAAAAUUCGGGAUUUUAUACCGAAAAGAGGGAAAACUCAAGAUUUGUGUGUUGUGAUUCAUAAAGUUAAAAAUCGUUGCUUAAAAUUACAUAUCUUGAUAAUUGUUUUUAUUUUGCUUUUCUCUGGUUGAGUGUGUAUCCAUCCAUACUUAUCUUGAGGGCAAGGAUGGUGUUGGUGGCGCAGUGGCGCGUGGGCCAGUGUUUUGUUUUGAUCUGUUUUAUUUUGUUGAUUAAAUAAAAAAAAUAAGCUAGGGUUUGUGGUGGUGUACGUGUACUGUGAAGGUGUUUUUAGCGAAAGAUAUGUGUAUAGUUUGAAAGGAAGCAGCACAUGGAUACGAGUGAAAUAAAUACCUAUCUGAGGAACUGGUUAGAAGGGAACUGGAAACAAAAGUGGCAGAGAAAAAGCAAAGCGUGAGCAUGGGAAUGAGUUGAAAGUGUAGUGAGGAGUAGUGGGGGCAGAGAGUGGUUUUGAAAUUGUUUAGUGGGAUGUCUGCCACGAAAUUUCGUUGGGCCGGCUAUAUGCGAUGAUGUGCAACUUGUAAAUCACAUUUCUCACCCAAAGAAUCUUAAGCUUCAAAUAUUACCGUAAAUAAGUUUAAAAUUAAAAAUUUGGGCCACUACUAAAAUUAUUAUUAUAUUUUAAUUCAUCUCGGCUGAAUACACAAAGGCUUAUAUUCUGUCGACUCUCCAAUU